AUGCGUGGCAGAAACUUUGUCAGGAGCGUCCUGCUGCUGUGGGACCUCCGCCUGCCCCACAGUAGCUGGAGAGAUGGGACCCCCCCUACAGUUGGCCCAGGGGGCAGAGCUGGGCAUCCCUCAAGCCCUGCUGCGCUCGGGCACGGGGGUGGGGUCUGGGGAAGCCAGCAGGCCCUCCCUCGCCUCCUCUGCCAGUGCCUUACAUCCUGGAGCGACACCCCCUCCCUGGUGCCUCCCAGCCCAAAGGGGGACCACGGUUUGCACUUUCAUCUUCCCCCGCCAAAGUGGGGCACAGCCGGGCAGGUGCAUCACAGCUGGGCCCCCACAAGGAAAGAAGGCCGGGCAACUGCAGUCCGUAUAAGCCUGGAUGGGGUUGGGGGGUUCUGGCUGGGGGAGGGUGGGGUCAGCGCCUGGGGGGGGGUCCCCUGUGGCCAUGUGGGGGACCUCCCAUCUGCUAAACGUUUUCCGUUGAGCCGCUCCAAAAACACUAAGCUGGGGACACCGGGUGCCCCCCAACCCCGGCUCCCUGGCCCCAUCCCCACCCCCACCCCAGGAUGGCUGUCUUGGGUGGGGGGCCUGGGAGGGGGGAUCCCCUCCCAUCCCAUCCAUCUGAGUCCCAGCCGGCCUCCUCCAUGCCUGGCCCUGGGGAAGACCUUCCCCACCAAGACUCCCCACCCACUGGCCUGGGCCAAAGCCAUCGCCCUGGGCUGGGCCUCCGCCUCAUCUGCUCCCAGCCUGGCCCUCCUGGCCCUCUCCCGGUACCCCAGGCCUGGCCAGCCUCCUCCCACCUCCCCAGAAACUGGACUUUCCUCCCAAACCAGCCCAAGGGGCUUGGCAAACUCAACCAUAAGAGAAAGACCCUUCCCCACCAACCCCCCCUCCCAUUGUCCAGAGGCAUUCAAGAACCCUUGGUCCGUCCGUCUGUCCCCAGGGCCCCCUCCACUGGGUGGCUGUUGGGGACCAAAGCAUGGGCCGCUCUCCGGGAGGGCAGGAGGGGGUGGGUCGUGCAGUUGGGGUAUCCGGAAGCUUCUCAGCCGGGAACCUUAGGGUGCGGGUAGGCGGGGUAGGGGAGGGGCACCUGGUGGCCCCCAGCUACCUAACUUUGCAUGGUGCUUAGUCGGGGAUUCCUGUGACCUGGCUCCUGAUGUCAGCUCGCGCGGCUGAUACUGCAUGGCAAAUUAUCCCUGGCUCUAUCUCCCUCCCCCCGCCCCCCCCCCCCCCCCUCAAACCACCCCCCCCCCUUUUAAAAAAAAAAAAAAAAAAGAUACAAAAAAAAAACCUUAAAAAAACUCCAUGUUUCCUAAUUUGCACGAAAUUUUCUACCACAUGAUGUGCCUUGCCUUCCGAAAAUAAGUAUUACCUUUAAACAAUAUCAGCGCACACAGAUAGCUCGCAUGCACUGCUCGUGUAGUUAAAAAAAAAACAAAAAGACAAAACAAUGACAUGAAAUAAAAAAUAAAAAUUGAAGAGGGAUGUAUUUCUAUUUGUAAAAAAAAAAAUAAGAAUUAAAAAAAAAAAAGGAAAAUCCCACGCUUAGAAAAGCAAUCCACAGAACAGUCGCCCAUGGUCUGCCCCCCACCCCCAGCUCUGUCCACAGCUCUGCUGCAGUGGGGGUGCGCCCUGGUGCUCUGCCAUCCCCAGCCCCACCGCUGGGCUCCAGAGGAGUCCCUUCCGAGGCCCCCGCCCACAGCAGCGGACAGACCUCAGGGGUGAGCCCUGGCCCCACGGGGUGGCCAUCCUGCCUCCAGCCAGACUCCCCCAUGCCACCUUUCCUGCAGGCUGGCCUCCCCCUGGCUCAGGGUCACAUUGCCGCCCCCCAGGCUCCCCUCCUUUCCCCAGACCCCCCCUUCCUUCUUGCCAAAGGACUCGCCGGGCACCCCCCCUCCUUGGAGACCAGCCUGGGGCGGCACUCCCCUCCUGCCCCCUCCCUGCCCCCAGCACCCACUUCUGUCUUCCAGCUGUGACUGGGGGGGGGGCGGUUAUCUGGGAUGAAACAAACAGAAAACAGAAGCCAAACCCAAUAUAUGCAAUAUCUGUCUGUCUGUCCCUAUAGACCUAGCUCAGCCACCGCAGGCCCAGCCAGGGGCCCGCGGGCGCAGGGUUUGGCCCCUGGGCAUGCAUGGGCCUCCGUCUGGUGGCUGCCCGACCUGUUGUCUUGUCCUUGAUUUCACGUCCGUCCGUCCUCUUAUCUUUUGCUUCCUUUCUGUUUUUUCCUUUCUUUGUUGUUGUUGUUGGGUUUUUUUUUCUUCUUCCAAUUUCCUUUGCUUUUUACUCGACCAAAGCUGAGACAGUAGCAGCUGGUUAGUGGGGUGUCCGAGGGCUGGGUCCAUCCAGCUCCUGCCCCCCACGCAUCUCCUGUGGGGACACGGCGGGCAGAUGGUCGCCCCCCAGAGCAGGGAGGGGCCCCGCGGGCAGCCUCGCUUCCAUCCACCAUCACACAUUCAUCCCAUGUCUUCUUUUAAAAAGACGCCUCCGCAAGUCCCGGGGGCCAGGUCCCGCUCUCAGCGGCCGCCCCUAAGAACUGUCCUUUGGUCCGAGAGCUCAAGGCCCUGCGUGUCACGUUUCAUGCGGCAGAUUUCUGGGUUUUAUUCUCUUCCCCCCAGAAUUGGGGAGCAGACACCUGGGGAGGGGGGGAGCGUCCCGCCUGGGACACCUCCCCAAGGGCUUCAUGGGGACCACGUUGUCCCUCUGCAGCCUGCCCCCAGCUGUGUGCCCUGCUGAGUAGGUGGUGCUGUCUUGGGCCUGUGUCCCCCCCCCCCCCCAGGAAAGGCCACAGGCAGAAUAAGGCAGAAACACCGGGACCCAGACCGCUUCCCCCCUUCCCCAGCUCUGCAGUUCAGGUUGGUACUCCAGGCACGGGGCAGGGUGCACAGGGCGCUGUGUUGUUUUUUACAUGUGUGAGACUAACAUGUUCUCAAACCCCAUCCCCUCCCACGCCUGCUGCCCCCCACCACCCAUGGGAGGCCCCCCACCUGACCCUGGGGUCCAGCCGUGCUGUGGAACAGAACAGAGAGGCCUCCCAGAUAUAUGCAAGUUGUCCUCACGCCUCUCUGGGACGAGAGCAUGGGAUCCUGACCAGGGUGGAAAGGGAGGUGCGGAGGGGCGGGAAGACCCGGCCCUGUCUGAGGAGAAGGGGGUCAGGGGGCCCCCAGGCCUGGGUCCGCCACCCAGGCUCCUGCCGAGUUCUGAACCCAGACCCCCGCCCCCCGCCCUGAGCUAGACAAUCAGACCCAAGAGGAACCCCGAAGGAGACGUGGGGGGGUGUUUGCACCCCCCCAAGCAGCAGACAAUUCCAGCCUCAGCCCCACACAUCCCCGUCUCUGCUCUGGAACCCUCUGUCUGUCCGCAGGGCCGGCAGCCGGGUAGGCGGGAGCCUGGGCUGGGAGCAGCUCCCGCCCUGUGCGCGCUGCGGCCCGAGGACCCUGUCCCCACUCUGGCUUCUCCCACGGUACUUUGACCCCCGGUGUAGGCUGUACUCUACACACACACACAUAUAUGUAUAAAUAUAUAUAAUUUUGGAGUUUUUCCUCGUGAUACAGGUUAUACAGUGGCUACUUUUUGUUUUGACCUGGAUUCCCUGAGACCCCGGUUUCUACUUUUCUUCGCGGAGGGUUUUGGUAGAGAGGUCCCGCAGACCCAUCCUCACAUCCAGCUUCCUCCGCAUGCCCCUGUCUUUCCCCGUUCCUGCCCCUCUGGACACGUGAGAGUGUCCCACCUCUGAACUGACCCGGCCUCCCCCGUCCGCCCGUCCCCGCGCUGGCCCCCACCCCCACCCCCCAGGCGGGGCAGGGAGUCAGACCCCAAGCCGUACCAGUGGGACUUGUUGCCAGCGAUACCAAAACAAGACUUUCCCAAGCAGUGCCUCACAUGUCUGCUGGUGUGGCUUUGGGGUUCUCCUCCCCUGUUCCCCAGGGGCCCCCCCCAGGCCUCAGGAAAGAGGAGGUGGGAUCCAACAGGAGUCAGGGCCGGACAGGAAGGAAGUCACGCACCCCCAAGCUACUGCCCUCCCCACAGCCCUCCACUCACACCUCCUGGCUAGAAGGGGACCCCUGGGAAGGGGACAGGAGCUGUCCCAGCCCCCUCCCGUGGGAACCCCCAAAAUCUACUCCCCAAAUGCAUCAACAUCCCAUCCUCCCAUCUUGGGUCCCAGCCAGGCCUCCAAAACCAAAGUCCCUUCAAAAUCGGGGGUCCUGGCCUUUGCCCCCAGCUUCCUGCCCUCCCACCCCCAGGACCCCACAUGGGGGAAGACAAGAGAGUCUGAGGGACAGAGCGCAUAGUGCAGGGAGGAAGGACAGAGACCCACCUGACUGAGUUUCCUUUCUUUUUCCUUUUCUUUCCUUCCUUCCUUCCUUCCUUUUGCUCUUUGAAAAACUUUUUGGUGGUGUUGCUCUUCGUUUUCAUUCUUUUCCCUCCAAGAUAUUUUUUGAGGUUCCCCCCCCCAUUUUGUAUUUUACUGAUAUUACCAGGAUAGUUUACUCUGUCUCUCGCUUCCUGCUUGCCACACACCGGAUCUCUCUCUCUCUCUCUCUCACACACACACACACACACACCCCCCAUGCUCGUGACCCAGGUCAGGAGAAGGUCCGGGCUGGGUCUGCUGCCCGCCGCCCCCUUCCCCUCCGGGACGGGGACUUGGGGGGACGCCUGGCAGACCAGCCGGACUCCUCCCUUGCCCGGCUCGCCCGCCUGCCCCCCCUCACAGCAUACUCUGGUCAUAACCUUGUAUAUUACGCAGUCAUUUCGGUUUUUGCAGACGCGCCUACCUAAGUACCAUUUACAGAAAGUGACUCUGGCUGUUACUAUUUUGUUUGUUUGUUUCCCUAUGCAAAAAAAGAAAAAAAAAAGUGAAACAAGGGGGGUUC